AUGGCGACAAGAAGUAAAAUCCCAUCACUCUCUACAAUUUUUUCUCUUUACACAUCUCUCUCUGCUUUCACGAUCUUGUUCAAAACCAUUCUCCAUGAGAUUCUUCCCUUAAAAAUCCGUACUUUCAUCGUCUCUCGUUUCACAAACUACUUCUCUUCUUACUUCAACUCCGAUUUCACAUUCAUCGUCGAAGAAAAAUGCGAUUACGUAACGAAUCAGACUUUCCGUGCAGCUGAAGUUUACUUGCCUACUCUUCUCGCCGGAAUCACCACCGGAAGUCUUCUCGUCGGUUCGAGCAACCUCAAGGACCCGAUUGCUAAACCCAAGUACGGAAUUCCGAUAAACGCUAAAAUCAUCGAUGAAUUUGAAGGGAUUCGUCUUGAAUGGACUCUUCUCUCUGCAAAAAACGAGAGUCUUUACCAGAGUAAAGAAAAAAGGUACUUUCAUUUGACAUGUAAGAAGGAGUUUAGGGAGAAGAUCAUGUCAGAUUACUUCAUAUAUAUUGCGAAAUUAUCGGUGAAGAUAUUAGCACAAAGAGAAAGUCUGAAGAUCCACACUUACAAUUCAGAGUUUCAUGUAUGGGAAUCAACGAUCUUCCAGCAUCACACGACAUUUGAAACCCUAGCAAUCGAACCUGAGCUCAAGAACACAUUGAUCCGUGACCUAGACGCUUUCUCAAACGGAAAAGACUUUUUCAAAACCGUAGGACGAGCUUGGAAACGCGGUUAUCUUCUUUACGGUCCACCUGGAACCGGAAAAUCAUCCCUUGUUGCAGCCAUUGCUAAUCACAUGUGUUAUAGUAUAUAUGAUCUUCAACUUCAGAGCGUUCAAGAUGAUGCAAUGCUUAGAAAGAUUCUUACUUAUACCGAAAACCGUUCGAUUCUUCUCAUCGAAGAUGUUGAUUGCGGUGGAGCGGAUGCUUCUUGCAGAGAGGAAAAUGGAUUAUGGUCAAGCUGUGUAGAGGAAAGGAUCAUAAUCUUCACUACGAACCAUAAGGAGAAACUUGAUCCGGCAUUGCUUAGACCAGGAAGAAUGGAUGUUCAUGUACUGAUGAAUUAUUGCACACCUUAUGUCUUUAGGAAACUUGCUGCUCUGUAUCUUGAAAUCGAGGAGCAUAAUCUGUUUGAGACUAUUGAGAAGAUGAUUGUUGAGGUGAAAGCAACUCCAGCUGAGAUCACAGAGCAGCUUAUGGUGAGCAAGAAUCCUGAUGUUUCGCUUAAGAGUCUUGUUGAGUUUCUUGAAAGCAAGAAGAAGAUGAGUAAAGAGAGUGAAGAAGGAGCAGAAAUUAAAGAGGCAUGA